CUGCGGGCACCUCUCCCAGUCUCUAGUCCCCCCCGACCUGGGCGAGCCUGGACCCCGGAUCCUUGUCCUGCAUUGCUGCCGGGGCGUGCACCCCUGCUGGGCUGCCCCACUUCCUGCCCCCCAAGACUGGGCCCCCUCCUGCUGCAGUAGCCACGAUGGCAUGUCCUGAUUGCUUGCUGCAUGCAGAGGUCACUGUUCUGACUGUCUGGGGGAGACUUCAGACACACACGCAUGUUCCUCGCCCACAGGGAGCUUCCAUUAAUGGGGGUUUUGGUUUCCUGGGUCUGGCCAGAGCAGCCUUUCCCUCCCCUUCUUCCCUCCCUCCCUCUCUUCCUCCUUCCCUCUCUUUCUCCCUGCCCUGCUUGAAGAUGGUUCCAGCAGAGGCCACCUCACCGGCUGGAGGGUCUGAGCCGGGCACAGUUGCCAGGGCGGGGCCGAACCCCCUGUUCCUGCAGGUCGGGUCAGCCCAGGGGCUGGUGGAGGUCGGGGUGAGGUGUGCGGGGUCAGGGAGCCGGUGGACAGAAAGCAGGUGGCAGCUACAACUGAGGUAAACCAAGUGUGUGGGGGAGGCCUCCUGCCCGCUAAUGCCCCCCAAACCCUCCAAGGCUAGCCAGGGGUCAGGGGAGGGGAUGGCACGUGGCCCUGGGCAAGGGCUCAGACCCGCCUCACUGUCAAGGCCAGGGAGAAGAGCGGUCCAGGGCUUCCCACCCUACCCCCGGGGAUUCUGUGGCCCGUGGCCCCUCUGCUAGCCUUACCUCCCCACGCCCGCCCCAGGCAGGACCAGCUGCCACGUGGCGCCCAGGGGUUGGUACCAGGCUCCCCUCCCCCCCCGGCCCACCCCCUGGCCUGGCUCUUUCUCCCUGAGAGCGGAGCAGUCCUCCCCACCCGCCUUGCACCUUCACACCAUGCACCGUCCCGGGCUCCUGUCGCUGUUGCUGCUGGUGCUGGUGGGGGUCUUGGCCCCUGGAGGGGCGGGCGAGGAGGCCGUGGGAGCGGGAGGACCCCCGGCAGACGAGGAGGCCACCGGGCCGGGGAGACCCCCUGCGGACAAGGUCCUGGAAGAGGGUGACAUCCUCGUUCUGCACCGCCACAACUUUGAUCUGGCCCUGAGGGCACACCCGUACCUGCUGGUGGAGUUCUAUGCCCCGGGGUGCAGGCACUGCCAGGCGCUGGCCCCCGAGUUCUCCAAGGCGGCCGCCCUGCUGAAGAACGUUUCGUCCGAGCUGCGCCUGGCUAAGGUGGACGGUGUGGUGGAGAAGGAGCUGAGCGAGGAGUUUGCCGUCGGCGGCUUCCCAGCUCUUAAACUCUUCAAACUCGGCAACAGAUCGGACCCCGUGGACUAUUUGGGGCGCCGGGAGGCGGGGGCCAUCGUGCGCUGGCUGCUGCGCAAAGCCGGGCCCAGCACCACCCUCCUGGAGGACGAGGCUGCGGCCACCCGCUUCAUCGACUCGCAGGACCCCGUCGUGGUCCUCGGAUUCUUCUCGGAUCUGCAAGGCGACAACGCAGCCGUGGUCACCACCAUAGCGGAGGACGCCGUGGACUUCUCCUUUGGCCUCACCGACCGGCCCGAGCUCUUCCAGAAAUAUGGGGUCUCCCGGGACACCGUGGUGCUGUUCAAGAAGUUCGAUGAGGGCCGAGUGGACUUCCCGGUGGACGGGGACCUGGACCUGGAGGAGUUUUCCCACUUCCUGCUGAUGCACAGCCUGGAGCUGGUCAUGGAGUUCAACAGCCAAACGUCCUCCAAGAUCUUUGAGGCAAAGGUUCUCAACCACCUGCUGCUCUUCGUCAACCAGACGCUGGAAGCCCAUCGGGCUCUGCGGCCGGCCUUCUACGAGGCUGCCGCGCCCUUCCGCGGGCAGGUGCUGUUUGUGGUGGUGGACGUGGCAGGGGACAACGACCACGUGCUGCAGUACUUUGGCCUGAACGCCACGGCCGUCCCCACCCUGCGCUUCAUCAACGUCGAGACCACCAGGAAGUACAUGCCCCAGCCGGGCCCUGUCACCGCCGCUUCGGUCACCGCCUUCUGCCAGGAUGUGCUCGGGGGCAAAAUCAAGCCUUACCUCAAGAGUCAGGAGAUCCCCCCGGAUUGGGACCAACGGCCAGUCAAGGUUCUGGUGGGCAAGAACUUCGAGCAGGUGGCCUUCGACGAGACCAAGAACGUGUUUGUGAAGUUCUAUGCCCCGUGGUGCACCCACUGCCGGGAGAUGGCCCCGGCCUGGGAGGAGCUGGCGGACAAGUACCGGGAGCAGGAGGACAUCCUCAUCGCCGAGCUCGACUCCACCGCCAAUGAGCUGGAAGACUUUACUAUCUCUGGCUUCCCGACCCUCAAGUAUUUCCCUGCCGGGCCGGGGAGGAAGGUGGUGGAGUAUAAAGGUGCCCGGGACCUGGAUGCCUUCUCCAAAUUCCUGGACAACGGUGGCGUCCUGCCAGCUGAGGAGCCCGAGUCCUCGGAAUUGGGGACUAACAGCUCGGAUGGGAGCAAAGAUGAACUGUGAAGAACCCUCCCCCCCCCCCCACCUCCGGCCCCCCGAGGAAGUCCUCCCCUUCUCCUUUGGGGUGACCCUCUCUGACGGGGUCCUCCCUAGGACGGGUGGGGGCUGCAUCUGGCAAAUAAAUCAUUCCAAUCACUCACA